AUGUCAAAUGCUGGAGAUGAUGGUUAUGAACAAGCACAGAGUAGUCAGGUACAUGGAGGAAAUGCUGAUGAUUAUUACAGUGGGGAGGUGGACGUUGACGAGGUAGAUGGGCACAUGCAGAACCAGAUGGAAGAUGAGAAUACUGAUGUUGACAUUGGUCAUGCCGAUGAUUCCGACGAGUCUGAUGAAGAAGAGAACCUAGAGGAUGUGCCAAAUCCUGCAUCAUGGAAUCAUGACUUCUCAUCAGCAAUGAUCGUGCAUGAUGGGCAUGAUUCUGCCUGGCAAUAUCACCAGAAUAACAUUGCGACGGGUUCUAUGUAUCCGAACAAGAACGCUCUGAAGGACGCAAUCAUUCAAUGGGCAAUGUCCACACAAAGGGUUUUCACAGCUGAGGUGUCAAGUCAGAAAUACUUGACAAUGGUAUGCAAGAACGAAGAUUGCCCCGCCAGGGUGCAUGGCUAUCUCCCUAAGUAUGGCACAAGUUGGGUGAUUAGUGACCUAGUUCAUCACACAUGUCUUAUUCCCUGCAUCCCUCAAGAUCAUGCCAACCUUUCGUCCACGCUUAUUGCUUGGUUGCUUUACAGUGAGAUAGUGGAGUGCAAAGCGAUGGAAGUUAAGGCUCUCCAGACAAAAGUAUUCGUCAGGUUCAAAUACAAAAUUUCUUAUGGCAAGGCUUGGAGGGCUAAGCAUAGGGCGCUUGAGACCAGAUUUGGUUCUUUUUUCGAUGCAUAUGACUCUGUUGUCCGACUCCUCCAGACGCUGCAGGCCCGCAAUCCUGGCACCUAUGUCAACAUCCAAGACCUCUUCAUGCCAGAGUUUCCAACUGUGAGGGUGCUGCAUCGACUGUUCUUCUCUUUCGGUGUAUGCAUCGAAGCCUUCAGGCAUUGCCGACCGGUCAUAUGUGUAGAUGGCACUUUUCUCACUGGCAAGUAUAAGGGUCAGAUCCUGACAGCCAUUGGUCAAGACGGACAAAAUCAAGUAGUACCACUCGCUUUUGCAUUUGUGGAGAGUGAGAACAUUGAAAGUUGGACAUGGUUCUUCAGGCAAUUGAAAGUAGCAGUCGUGAAGGAUAAGCCCAAUGUCUGCAUCCUUCAUGACAGGCAUGCAGGUAUACUCAGUGCGAUAAAGACACUGACAAACCCUAGGCCUGAAGAACAAACUCCAUGGCAGGACUUGCAGAGCCGUUGGUGCAUGCGCCAUCUGGGGGCUAAUUUCUUCUCGCAGUUCAGAAAUAAGAACCUGAUGAAUUUGUUCAAAAAAUUCUGUAAACAGAACCAACUAUGGAAGUACAAUUUGAUACGUGACAGACUUAAUGUAUGCACGCAGAGACACGUUAGGGACAGGAAAGCUGCAAGAGAUGCAGCUGUCAGAGCACAUGUGGAAGCAGUAGCAGCACAAUUAGCAACUGGAACUGCGGCUGUGGAGGAGGAGCCUGUUGGGCUUUGUGACUUGCCAGGAUUUGACCCACCUGGUACUAGGAGAAGGCUCGGGAGGUCCAUUAAAACCUUCGAGCAGUGGAUAGAGCAUGAGCCUCUGGAGAGGUGGUCUUUGUUGCAUGACACACAUGGAGCAAGGUAUGGUGUCAUGACUACCAAUCUCGUAGAAACAUACAACUUUGUCCUCAGAGGAAACAGGGCAUUGCCACUUACAGCCAUCGUUGAGGGAAUGGCGGGAAUGGGGUUGCUUAGUGCCGAAAUUGAUAGAAAGCAUCGUGCUGCGAUAGGUUCUGAGCGCAAGUAG